AUGAGAGGUGUUAAAGUGCUCAUAAGUCUCCUGGCACUCCUCACACCCUUGGCGAGCGCCAAGUCCUGUCCGGAGCCCACGAGAGCCCAUUUGACGCGAUGUGAUAAGUACUUUCGGUGCGUGCAAUUGCCAUCGGGAAACAUUGUGUGGAUUCCCAAUCAGUGUGACACUGGCCUCAUUUACGAGCCCAGCCUCAAGAUGUGCGUCCUCCCGGGUGACGAUUGGGAGUGCACACUCCCGGGGGAUCGGAGUGCCGCCGCGAGUGACGACAGUAACAUUUACGGAGUGAAUAAUUUGGAAUAUUUGGGUGAACAAUUGGGAGCAUUGAAUGAUGAUGAGGGCAGUGAAGUGACAAUAUCUCAGAGUCAGCCGCAGCUGCAGGACUUCAGUCAGGAGGACGAGUUCAGUGGUGAUGGUGAUCCUGAAAUCAUCACAGACAAGAUAGCUGAGGAGAAAGUGGGAUUAUUUCCUCUGCCAAUCAGUACAAAUCCCAAUUCCGAACUCACAACGCAUCUCCAGAGACUCACGCAGCUCAUUGACAAUUUCCACAAGAACAACACAACUCCAGACACUCCUGUCCUCCAUCCUGACGAUCUGAACUCCUUCCUCGCCCUGCACAACAUUCGCCAUCAAUCCAACACGUACAACAGUUCCAACAAAUUAGUCCUGCCGGAAAAUGGGAAAAUACAUCCUGACACGCUGUCGCAAAUCCUCACCCAGCAAAAUCAGCUGCAGAAGCACGAGAUGGUGCAGAAUCCUCAGCUCAUGGGAAGAAUUAAGCAGAAGAUAAACCCGAUUAGCGGCGAUGGAUCGACAAUUCAUGUGAAAUCUGCAGGACUCUCGCAGAUUCCCUUCCGUCCUGACAGUUAUUCAAACUCCCAAAUUGUCGUCAAUCGUCCCGAAGGCGCUGUCCUGUUCAACGUGGCCAAGCCAAGGGACACUGUCAAUCCGCAGCAAAAGCCCGAGCCUUACAUCUCAGAGAACACCCUCAAGACUGUGCUGGAAUUGUCCAAGCAACUCGUCUCGACCAACCAUCCAGUUGUUCCUCCUGUGAUCUACACAAUCCCCAUUCCCUAUCCCACAUCCGCCGUCCAGUCAGAGCGCAAGAAGGUGGAGAGGAACACGACGAAGGUGAAGGACGAGCCCCAAGCCAUCUCAGUGACUGUCAAGGAGCCGAUCUCCAGCACUCCGUCGCCACAACUCAACUACUACAUCGACAGCUAUGGGGUGAAGUACAGUCCUCAAGUGGAGUCCUUCCCGCUCUCCUACACCUCAGGCAUCAACUACUACCCGCCCUAUCCGCCCCUGACCUAUUCCUACUCCAACUACCCCGUCGACUCGCCCUCCGCGGCGCCCUUCGACGCCCAGGGUGGCAUCUAUCACGCCCAGGAGCAGUCCUAUCUCACGCCGCCCACAUUCGGAGCCACUUCGCACUAUCAAUUGUACGGUGCAUCGCUGGCAUCUGGGCCAGGCGGUCAAGCACAGCCCGCUAAUUACAACUUUGGGAGCACCGCUGGAAGUAAUCAAGCGAUACUCACGAACCAUAAUUGGUUCGAUGAUAACAAACACUUCCAACAGCGAGAGCCAGAAGUGAGCCAAACUGAUGACGAAGAGACUGACGAAGAAGAGAUGGAAGAAGAGAGCGAAGACAUGGAGAGCAAGGAGUCUCUCUUGGAGGCUCUGGCGGAUCUGCAGAAGCCCUCAGAGACACCACCGCCUGGCUUUGUCCAGGUGGCCAAUCAGCUCUUGGACGCGGAGAAUGGGAAGAACAAGAUAAUCAACGUGCGCGGCAACUAUUUCACCUACGACACCUACAAGGACACAAUCCUGCCGCUGCUCAGCAACUCAGACGGAUCGCUGGAGAGCGGCGUUGAGAUCCUGUCAUGCUCAAUGGGUGUUCGCCAGCCGAAUGCCACUGAUUGCACGCGAUACUUCGUCUGCAAUCCCAAGACUGGAGGAUUACUCUCCUACUCCUGUCCACCCUUCACGGCCUUCAAUCCGCAGUCGAGAAUCUGCGACGCCAGGACGUUCUCCUCGUGCAAUCCGCUGGCCAUACAGAACAGAUUCACAAUCAGCGAGAAUAAGAGGCUUCAGUAUGAAGCUCAGAAAGCUCUGGAGGAGGCAAAGCGUGUCCGGGAGGAGGCCAUCAAAGCCCAGAAAUUGGCCACACUGAUUAGAUUGCAGGCUCAGAAUGCGAUCAGUCAGAAGGUGCCCACCCAGAUGACAAAGCCCAUGAGGGUGUCCUCCAGCAGAGUGACCACGAGACGCCCCACUGUGGCGGCGUCCGCCACGACGGCCAAGAGGAAGAGAUAUCGCUGUGAGGUGGACGGAGGCGCGGUCCCAGACACCACUUCAUCCGCCAAGUACGUUGUGUGCUUCAAGGGAUCCAAUGGCCAUUGGAGGAGGCAUGCGAUGACGUGUUCCGAAGGCUUAAUAUUCUGCGUGCGGAUGCGGAAGUGUACUUUGCAGAGAAAGUGUCGCAAAUAUUUCUGAAAUCUUUCUAAAAUAAGCUUUGAAAUAAA